CUCCUGGCAACGAAGUAGUUGUUAUCAAACGUUGCUAAGGAAGCUAUCCGGCCGGUCGACUGCUCGCUUGUUCUCCUCAAACUUCACGUUCGGCUCGACGGAGCGAUAAAACGACAUACUAACGGAUCAGUUGUUGUCUUAUAACGGCCUUCGAACCACAAGGUCAUGCCACCGAGAGUGUCUUUUCGUGGACGUGCAUUCACAGAAAGGUCAAUGAAGGCUAAAUUAGCCUAGCCGAUGGCGAGCAUCCAGCCGAGUGUCUGCUGAUGAUUUCUCAUCCUAGGUAUGUUCAACUUUAUAUAAUUCGACUGAGAGGAUGAAACGUGACUCAUGACGGAGAACGGAGUGGAAAGCCCGAGGCCGGGCGAGCGCAGCCCAGCGACGGUCGCCGUUGACGGCAGGGCGCUCGAGCUCCCCUUUUCGGAGCGCAAAAUGUGCAAUGAGUUGAAUACGGCCCUCCAGCUGCGGAAGGCGGCUGGGGACAUCCCCUACCGGCCGCCUCCUAGCAGGCGCCUGGACGGGAAGACGCCGGAGGACGGCGUCCGAGUCCGGAGGCUGAGAUCCAGCCAGGAGAGCCUGAGCGACCCAGCGGGCUCGUCGUCCACUGACUCUCUCAAGGAAGCCGGCCGGCCCACCGCGGCGCCCCGAGGCGAGCGCGACUGUCCGGAGGUCCUACCGGUCCUGUCGCAGCGCAGUUUGGCGCCGAGGAGGAUUGAGCGGGAUCGCUCGGCCAAUGUGUCCGCCGAGAGGCCCCGGCUGCACAGGAAGCUGAGCGAGGGAGACGCCUGCUCGGACAGCCUGUCCGUCGACUCCGUGAGGUCCCUGGGAAGCGUGCUGAGCCCCAUCAGAACUCAGGAAGUCAGGAACAGGAGUUUCUUGGAGGGAGGAGGUCUGGGCAGCGGCGCCUUGCUGGGUGUGGAGGAACUCCUGCGCUACUUCCCUGACCGCCGGGUGGGCAUCUACGUGGUCACCUGGAACAUGCAGGGCGAGAAGGGACUUCCGUCCAACCUGGACGACCUCCUCCUCCCGACUGACUCGGAAUUCGCCCAAGACUUUUACAUCAUUGGAGUUCAAGAGGGAUGCCCCGACAGGCGAGAGUGGGAAACGCGUCUUCAAGAGUGCCUGGGCCCCCACUACGUGAUGCUGUACGCGGCGUCCCACGGCGUCCUGUACUUGAGCGCCUUCAUCCGCAGGGACCUGAUUUGGUUCUGCUCAGAGGUGGAGAGCGCCGCCGUCACCACCAGGAUCAUCUCGCAGAUCAAGACCAAAGGUGCCGUGGCCCUGGCCUUCACCUUCUUCGGCACCUCCUUCCUCUUCAUCACCUCGCACUUCACUUCCGGAGAUGCCAAAGUUUACGAGAGGAUCUUGGACUACAACAAAAUCGUGGAGGCGCUGGCGCUUCCCAAAGGACUGCCGGAUACCAACCCGUACCGAUCAACAGCAUCUGAUGUGACCACAAGGUUCGACCAAGUAUUCUGGUUCGGAGACUUCAAUUUCCGUCUGGGUCACGAGCGGGUCGGCGUCGAGAGUAUCAUCAAGCGCACGGCCGGCCAUGACGUGGAUGCUCUAAUGGAGCACGACCAGCUAGUCAAGGAGAUGAAAGACGGUUCUAUCUUCAAAGGCUUCCGGGAAGCUGAAAUCCACUUCCUCCCCACUUACAAGUUUGACAUCGGCAGCGACGUAUACGACACCAGUGCCAAGAAGAGGACGCCGUCGUACACUUUAACUUCUACCGACGACGCUCCCCUAGGACCGGAUUUUGUUUCGGACCAGAUACGCCGACGACAUCCACGUGCUGAAAUACUCCAGCUGCUCCAGCAUCAAGACGUCGGACCACCGGCCCGUCGUCGGCAUCUAUGGCGUCAAGCUCAAGGCCGGCCGAGAUACAAUUCCAUUGGGAGCGGGCCAGUUUGACUGCAGCCUGUACCUGGAGGGCAUAAAGAGGAGGAUCAGCCGAGAGCUCAAGCUCAGGGAGGCCGCCAAGAACCAAAGCAGCGUCUGCGCCGUCUCCUGAAACGCCUGACAGUAUCGUCCGCCGCCAGCGAUCCCUCAUCAAAUGGAUCGAACUCAUUUCAAUUGACGGCACGAGCGUGAAAAAACCUCUACCAGCAUGGCCACAUUCCCAUCAAAGUCAAUGCAUUGAUUUUCAAAUGAGGUCUUAAUUAUCUUAUUUCUCAACUGAAUUUUUUUUUAUCAAUGUCAACGCAUCUGCAAUUGGUACUGCUAGAUGUCCAAUCCAUUUAAAGAGGGAGUGCUAGUAUUGACUAUGAAGAGAACGUCGCUCCUACCAACAUGGCCACUGUGAGGCCAUUUUAGUUUUAGUAGUAUUUUAGUUUGUUUCAUGCUUCUGCCUUGAAUUAAAACCAUCUUAUCACUAGUAGAUGUCAAAUCAGUUUGAAGCGUGAGGGUUGGCGACGAAGAAACGUAGUUAGUUCGUUCGCCGCCAACCCUCGCACUUCAAUUGGGUCAGACGUUUAAGUGCCGUCAAUGGCAGCCAGGGAUUGUAAGUGAAAAUAUUCCACACGUUUGAGAGCUACUGGAUAACUCCUAUUAAAUGUAACUUGUCCAAGCACUAAAAAUGUUGUCAUUUCCGUGUUAAAAAGUGCCUAUUCACGUUUCCUCAGGAUCUCCUUUUCUACUAAGCGCUGAAAUAAAGAGUUUUUAAGAAAAAAUCAAGGGGGAAUAGUCUGCUUUUAUUUCACAAUUGAUGUCAGUUUCAGUCAGAUCAAAAACGAUUUCUCCAAAUUGUCAAUAAAUUGCAAUGGUAUUGACGCAAAAU